CUGUCGCUCCAUUCAGAGAGGCCGGACUGCAGCGACAGCGAGGAGAAGCGCCAUCCCGCCAUGGCGUGCGCAGAGCAGCCUCUGAAGAAGCGAAAGCUCUACGAAUCUCUACAAGAGCAGAGCUACCCAUCUCCUCCUCUCACUCCUCCUUCCCAAGAAGAGAUCCUUCGAAAGCGCAGGAACAGAGAAGAGAUCCGAGGUCUCUACGACUGCUACAGGCGAAUCCGCUUCUGUAUCUCUCAGAAGGAUGCCCGCCUCAUGCCCGACUUCGAACAGGCCUAUCUCUCUCUCAUCACCGCUUCUCGAGGUUGUACAAGUGCACAACGUAUUGUAGCCGAACUAAUUCCCCGGUAUGCAUCAUUCUGCCCUACCGCUCUUGAGGCCGCAGCUACAGUUGCCAUCAAUAUGUACAAUUGGAACUUGGCUAUAAUAAUGAGAGGAGAUGAUGCUGAUGGUGUUGCAUUUCAGACUGCGAAAGCCUGCAUUUUUGGUCUGGUUGGCAUCUGCUGCACUGCGUCAUGUGAGGCACCAACAUCAUCCGUUAUUCGAGGCAUCUGCUCUGCAGUUUUCCUGAAUGUGCUUAGUUUCUUCGUUUCCACUUUUGAGGGCAAAGACAUCUUCCAAAUUGAUGAAAAGGACAUUGAAAGGGUUCAACAGUCAAUGGAGUCGUUUAAUGAGCUGAAGGAAAAAUUAGCAGAUGACGAUGAGCCUGCAUUGUCAAAACUAUUCAAAUUUCGAGCACUUAGCCUGCUCAGGAUUUUCUUUUCUUGUCCUAAAAAUUUAAUUGCAGCUUGUUUUGAGCUUUUGGCCUCAAGUGGAACAGAUACAGGAAUUCAAAGAGGAGGAAAUUACUUUCUAAGGCAGGUGACACAUCAGCUUAAUGCUGUUGAGGUAACUGACCGAUUGGACAAGACAAAUGAUGUGGUUGUGUCAUGUAUGGAUGCUGGCCAGGCAACUGAAGAACACAAUGGGGCUAGUGAAGAGAAGUCAAUAUCGAAUGACAACCUUGUUUCGGAGAAAGCAUUGGGAGUUUUGAAGAACUGCUUCAUGGGAAUGGUUAUUAGCAAACAUCCAUCCUUGAGAGGUUGGAUAUUUUCAAGGUAUAGGAAGUUAAGCGAAUCAGCAAGUCCUGAGGCUGUAUCAGAACUAUCAUCUUCGCUGGAAAGAGUUUUUGGGUCCUCAGAAAUGGUUCGCGAAGCAGAUAGUCAAGAUGAGAGUGAUGAUGAUAACUCUGAUCCGUCAAAGUAUAUUAAUCGACAGUAUUUGAUGCCUAAGAUCUCUAGCCGACACGAUAACUCAGCUGAAGUAUCAGGAAAGAGUACCAGUUCAAGAGCACAUGAUUCAUCUGCUGGUGAUGUAUCUAAUGAGGAAAGAAGUUCAGCUGACAAAGUUUUAGGUCAGACUGUGAAGGCUUGCCACUCACUUGUCAAACCUGAGGCAUCAUUGGGUGUUCGUUCAAAUCAUGAAUGUGAAAGCUCAAUCUCUGCCAAGGAAUUGGGUUCGGGGGAGAUUGGAGAUUCAUGGCCAGACAGGCCUUCCAUGCGAAAGGACUUGGGGAGCAACUUAUUGCCUUCUCCUGCCUCCAGAAAACCAUUAGACCAGAGGAAUGAUGCAUUUGAGGGUGGAAACCAUAUUUUUCAAGCUGAUAAGAACCAAACAUCUAAGACUUCAGCAUCUCCUAAUGAGCAUUCGACCACACAGUAUCAUGCUUGUUCAACAAGUCCAAUUGUGUGGUACUGUGAUGGGGAUCCUGCAGCCAUGGAUGUCUUUUCAGCUUCUAAACAACUUUGGUUGGGCUCUCUUGGUCAUGAUGCAUCUGAAAAUCUAGUAAGAUCACAGUUCGAGAAAUUUGGUCACAUAGAACACCUUUUGUUCUUUCAUGUGAAAGGUUUUGCCUUGGUUGAGUACAGAAACAUCAUGGAUGCUGUAAAGGCUCGUGAAUGUAUGCGGGGAUCCUCCCCUUGGGGUUCGUGCCUUCGUAUAAAGUUCUUGGACAGCGGACUGGGUAGCAGAGGAGCUAUCAAUGGUGUUGCAGUUGGUUCUAGUUGCCAUGUUUAUAUUGGCAAGGUGUCCAGCCAGUGGGCCAAAGAUGAGAUUCUGCGUGAACUGAUGACUGUGGGAUUUUGGACCCCUCGAGUGGUUACCGAUCUUGCCAGCGAAAGUGCCUUGAUGUUGGAAUUCGGGACUGCUGAAGAAGCUGCUACCGUUAUGACACACAUCAGGCAGCAGCGUAAAGAGAAUGGUUAUCACGUACCACAGAGUAAAAGCUUGACAGUAAAUACAGGAACUGUGGAUGGGUUAACCUCAUCUCGUAGUCGUCAUCUAUUGGUAAGGCUGAUAGAUCCAUCGGUAACUGAUGAAGAACUGAUUAAUGCAUUCUCUCAAUUUGGUGAGCUUGCUGGAUGGAAAUUUAUCAGACAAAGUGGUUGCUGCUUGAUAGAUUUUUGUUCACAUGAAGGAGCGGAUGCUGCAAGGUCUCGUUUAGAUGGGGCACGAUUUGGGACUACAACCAUCCGUGUUGAAUUGAGAACCAACAAUCCUGGAAAUGCUCCAGCUGUACAUGAUAGCCCUAAUGGCCGUAAUAUGACUAGAAUGUCUCAGUUAUCUUCUUUAUUUGCUUCCUUGUGUACAAAAUACAACAUCAGUCAGAGCUCAAGUUCAGUUGAUGGCCAUAUAUCCAGAAAUUAUCAUGCCUCCAUCAGGAGGGAUGACGAUAUGGUACCAACGAACACUGUCUGGAUUGGUCUACCCGAUAUUCCUGCCCCAUUCUUCACAGAUGAUGAACUAAUGUCCAUUUGCAAUCUUGCUGUUGGAAAUGCUGGGUCUGUCGCCAGAUUGACACGGGCAAAUUUGCAUAGGGUUCCUUGUUGGUUUGUUGAAUUUAGUAGCAUAGAUGCAGCAGUUAUAGCAUUGAAGAAUAUUCGAGGUUGUCCAGGCAUGUUCUUGCAGAUUGAAUUCAGAAAUUCAGGGAUUCCUUUACAUAUUGAUGAACACCAGUUUGUGCCAGCAAAGCCAAAUGCUGUCGGAUAUCACUCAUCCGAGAGCAGCAUUCAUGAUCUUGUUUCACCUAGAGUAAAUCCGGAGACUGGUGGAACUCUAUUUCAAACUGGGCAUGCAUAUCAGUCUAACUGGACUGUUUCUAGCAGCAUGGAGCGACAGGAAGUAGCGUCCUGGAAGGUUGAGAAAGUUGAUGGUUUUGAAAAUAACAUGGCAGCUGAUCUUUCGUCGGCAGAAGGUCAAGCUGUUUCUCACAACAAUGAACAAAUCUGGAUGUAUAAGACACCUGAAAUGGAGCCGCAAAUGUCGGCACCAGGGACCAUAUCUUGCCCACCUACAUUAACGCCAGGGCCGCCCAUCAUAUCACCACCUCCAUUACAAGUUCCGCCAUUCAUGAGGCCAGUCUACCUUACUCCGAACAAUUCUUGGGAUAGGCGUGGCUUAAAUCCUUCUUUGCCUUUGACUCAUAUGCCACCAGGAAUGAUGCCUAAUAACUUUCAUGUUAAUGUAUGUGGUCCUCCUGCCUUUUUACCCUCUCCUGUGACUCCACUUGCUCAGCUGCCUGGAAAUUCAAUGCUUCAUUUUGACCAGAUGGUUGCCCCAGCAGCCUUAGCACCUCAAUCUCCGCCCCCUCCCCCUCCUGACAUGCCGCCACCGUUACCUCCAUCUCCACCUCCUUUACCUCUAUCCCAGCCUCCCUCAGUUCCACCUCCUCCCAGUUCUCCUCCUCCACUUCCUCUGCAGGUUGUUGAACCUCCCAACUCAGAAACAAGUGGACAAUGUUUGCAGUCUCAGUGGCAAGGUGUGCUAUGCAAAAGUGGGGUUCAUUACUGUACACUUCAUGCAAGUAGAGAGAACCUGAAUGCUUGCAAGUAUACGAAUUCCAUAUCUGAACCUUCAGAAUGGCCAGCGAAAUUAGAAGUGACAAAGCGCACAGACUUCCGGCAUGUUAAGUCGACCUUCACCGGCACUCCACCAAAUAAAAGAGAGGUUUGUCGGCUGCUCCCCUCUACUAUGGGUGACCGUAAAGGCCUUCAAGAUUUUAUUUUGUAUUUGAAGCAGAGGGAAUGUGCCGGUGUGAUCAAGAUUCCAGCAGGGAAAUCCUUGUGGGCAAGACUGCUUUUCAUUCUGCCCCCUUCUCUUGACAUAUGCUCAAUGCUUUCCAUUGCAGCUCAUCCGGAAGAAUGCCUAAUCGGUUUGGUUCUACCGAAGGAAAAGAACUUUGAAUGGGUAUGACUGUAAUUUACAUAGAAGAGAUAAAAAUUCUAUGUUGUUUGGUCCCUGAGCCACUUGCACAAAGCCCUGGAAUUUGAACAGUUACUCACCUCCUUUCCGGGCAAAACUUCAAAAUCCCCUACAUGUCUUGAAACUAUCAAAUGCACAUAACGUCUUCAAACAUUGCUGGUUUCAUGAAAAUUUGUGAGAAAGGAACUUCUAAACGUUUCUCAGGCUACCAAAAGUAAUUGAGCUUCUGAGGUGCACAUAAAUAUUCUUCUGUUGAGGGUAUUUAUGUCAUCUCGGGGACAGGCUUUGUCAGUUUCAACUUUAAAAUAUGCACAAGUGGUUUCAAGGUGCUGCCAUGGAACACCCUCCCAGGUCAGGGGUUCAAGGCAAGGUGUGCUGUAACAGCCGUUGCGUAAUGGUAACAGUCACAACCAUUACGUGUUACGGGGCUGUAAUGGCUGUUAUGGAAAAAAGAACCUGUAACAGCCCCAAAAUGGUCAUUACGGACCCUGUAGCAGUCUGUUAUGGGGCUGGUACUUCUUCUCCUACUUUUUGUUUUUUUCCUUGGUGGAUGUAGAAGACAAUAAAAAGGGUGAACCCAUCAAAGCAUGGGAUGUAAUUUCAUGAACUUUAUUUUGUUCUUACAGAAGUACUUCUCGCUUACAAUUGCUUCUGUAUUUUGUGCCAUAAUAAGCAUAGAUGCCUCUUUUGGUGCUUGCAUGUAUGCACUUGAAAAUUUUGAUUGUACCAAUAGUAGUUUUCUAGUUGUGACAUGCAAAGACAUGGAUGUCUAUGAUAGUAUGUGCCUUUGAAAGUAUGUUAUAAAUUAUUUACUUGGAGCUGUUAA